UCCAGUGAUUGUAGGACCAGCAUUGAACUGCAACUCUGAGCUAAGUAUGAAUUUGUCCGUGACAUUGUUGUCCAUUCUAUGGACUGUUGUAUACUCGUCUAUAAACCCGUCAGCAUCGGCACAUGCACUAGGCGGCACCUCUUCUUGGCAUGACGGCGACAACGUCACAGCUGAAGCGUCCUUCCGGUCCAAACGUACCAUCGGCUCUGGAAGCGACUUUGUCAACGGCCUGGCCAUUGGCGAAUCUGAGCAACGGUUUUGCUCCUAUGAUCCGGACUUUCUUGAAUCCAUCUUUGAUAAGGCGGUAAAUGGAACUGCUGAAUCUUCCGGAGUGAAAUCCGAAAGGCAGCAACAGCAAAGCCGGGCCCUUUGUCCCGAAGGUCGAGUCUUCUAUAUUCGAUGCAACAUUUGCCGGUGCAAGGCUGGGGAAAGAUAAGUUGCACUGCAGAACUUUGUGCAGAAGACUUCUUUGCUCCUUGCGUGCCUCGGGGUAGUUUUCAAAUUUUAUGAAGAGCCCUUCCUCAGAUCAGCAUAAUUGGGCCGGAAAUUGGUGUUAUUUUAUGAAUUACUUUCAAAGCGUAAGCAUUGUUCAGUAUGUAGGAAAUGGUUCCUAAAUGCAUAUCAGUCCACAGUGUAAUAAAUUUUGUGAAGAAAUGUUUUCAAGAAGUUCUUGUAAGACAAACUGUGAUCAAUGUAUAAGACCAU